UGAGAAGAUGGAUCCUACAUAACUGUUUGACGAGGAACCUACCAAUUUGAUGUCCCCUGGUACUGUCUCAAAUUAAGCACACUCUCAUCACCUAGAAUAUGUUCCUGCUAUUCUCCAACAGACCCAACUGCACGCAAACUUGUUUACACUCUCCAUGAUCAAGAAUAUAUUCGAAGAACUUCUUCUUCAAGCCAUACCAUCUUUUUCUGAUUUAUAUAAGUCUCUAAACCUACCUGUUUAGAACUGUAACCUUGGCCUAAACCUCCAAACCUCUGAAUUUCUGUGUACAUAUCUUCCAAUCCAUGGUCGUUUAGCUACAAUUAGUGCAUUAAUCUGUUAAAAAAAAGGAGGUAGAGAUGAAGUAUGGGGAGAUCACUCACUCCAGCCACCCACAGCACAAGCUGCGGUUUGAGUAUGCAGAGGUGCCGUUCAAGUGCGACGGCUGCAAGGAAGUGGGCAUCGGAUCCCGCUUCAAGUGCGGCAUCUGCGACUACGACCUCCACCGGCAGUGUGCGCUGCCGUCGGUGGCGCCGCUCCGCCACCAAUUCUACCCGAAGUGCGCCUUCCAGUUUCUGGCGCAGCCACCAGGCGACGGCCCGCGCUACUGCAACGCCUGCGAGCGCGACGUAGCUGGAUUCGUCCUCCACUGCUACUCCUGCGGCUUCGACCUCCACCCCUGCUGCGCCGCCUUGCCCCCUGUCAUCGAGGCCGCUGCCUCGGGCGGAAGCGGCAGCAGCAGAGGGGUGCGGCUCUACCUCUACAAGAAGGUGAGCGCGGAAUGCCACCGCUGCGGGCGGAAAGGGCGGAGCUGGAGCUACCGGAGUUCGUGCAAGAAGUACAACCUGCACGUGGCGUGCGUGAUGGAGAUGCUGGUAGAGAGCUGGCACGAGAUCUACUACGGCGGGGGCGCGAAGCGAGGAUUGAUGGGCGUGGGCGGCGGAGGGUACGGCAGGAUCCCAAGCAUCAAGGGAUGGGAGAAGAGCCACCAUCGAGGGAAGGGGAAGAUGAAGCGGUGCUGCGAGGUGGCGGCGCUGGCGGUGCAGUUCAUCAUAUCGGCGGUGCUGGGGGAUCCAACGGCGAUGAUCGCCGGCAUCGUGGGAUCCUUCCUCUCCAAAUGAUGGCCUCGCCUUUGCUUAAAGAGCAGCGUUAAUAAGUUUAACAGAGAUAUCUGUGCAACUUUUCUUAAUUAAUCUCUAACUAGCAAAAUUAAGCUUGGCUAAAGCUUGAUUUAUUACCGAUGCAUGAUUAAGAUGGUAAAUGAACCAAAUCUUGAUUAGCAAAUUUAAUAUUUCUUAUUUAAUA